GAAGAAAAUGGCGAUUGGAUAACUACCACGUUCCUUCAAACUCCUAAAAUGUCGUCUUAUCUGCUGGCAUUAAUGGUUUCGGAGUUUGAAUACAUUCAGAACUACACAAGUUCUGGUGUUCUGUUUCGUAUAUGGUCAAGAAAAGAAGCCACACCAAUGACCCAAUACGCGCUCGAUGCAGGAAUCAAAUGCCUUGAAUACUACGAAAAACUAUUCGACUACAGUUUUCCUUUAAAAAAACAAGACAUGGUAGCGCUUCCCGACUUUUCUGCUGGUGCUAUGGAAAACUGGGGUCUUAUCACAUACAGAGAGAACUCUCUUCUCUACGAUGAAAAUUUAUACGGUCCUAAGAGUAAGCGAAGAGUCGCCUUGGUUGUCGCUCAUGAACUUGCUCAUCAAUGGUUCGGAAAUUUGGUAACUAUGAAAUGGUGGGAAGAUCUCUGGCUAAAUGAAGGUUUUGCUACUUAUGUCGAAUACCUUGGAUCAGAUCUGAUUAGCGAUGGACUAAUGAAGAUGGAAGAAUUCUUUAUUCUUGACUCAACUGAAGCAGCAAUGGAUAAAGACUCUCUGUCCUCGAGUCAUCCACUUUCAUUUGAAAUUGACAAGGCCAACGAAGUCUAUGAAGCAUUUGACUCCAUCUCAUAUGGCAAAGGAGGUUCGGUGCUCAGAAUGAUAGCGGCUACUAUUGGUCGAGACAAUCUUAUUAAAGGUGUAGCUGUAAGUCUAAACCAAUGCAUUUAA